UUUGACGCACAUCUUCGUUUCGCGUGUGUUUCUGUCGUCGAGAACCGUGGGCCGAUUCUCACUUACGGCAGAGAACGCGAUUCGUCCGGACGUGCGGAUCUCCGUGUUUCGUGUGUGCUUACUUUACGGUUUGUGGCUUCACCUGUGAAUUUUGUGUCGAGGACGACGCGCUUUUUAUCGGGUGUGAAUUCGUGAGUGACGAGUUUUGAGUGCAAAUUUCGCCGCCGGGUUUAAAUAGCAAUCGAUUGGUUAGAUCCCAGUAGACUGGUGUUCGCGGAAGUUUCCGCCGUCGUCAAGGAUAUUCUCCAAUCGAAGUUGGCGAGUGCGAAGGAAAACAUCCGGAGCUGUCAGAAUUUUUUGGGUUUCUGAGUUGAUCGGACGAUUUCCGGAAGAAUAGUGUUUCCAAGAUUUGAAAUUCAUUGAAUAGAGGGAGAUUCGUCUGAAGGGGAACGGAUUCAACUGUAGGACAUUCCUACGCAUUCCGGGAAGAUUGGCAUUCGGUUGUGUGUUUGUGAUUAUCCUCGAAAAGUUCGAAUCAAGUGCUGAUGUUUUUGUGCAAUAAUUGGUCAAAAAAGUGCAUCAAGAAGAAGUGUUUGGCGAAGUGAAUAAAUUAGCUCAAAAAAGCAUUCGGUCGAAGAAAAUCAUUUCUGAGAUUGUUGCGUUGAAGAAUGAGUGCAAAGUGAAGCAAUAGAAGAGUGGAAGCAAAGAAAAGUGUGGUGUUUGGUCAAGGUGAGAUUCGUUUCUUUUUCGAGUGUGGGCAAAAGCAGGACGGCGAUAUAUAAACAAAAGAAGCAAAAUAACGUCGCACCGGCAGACGGAGCGAGAGAGCCGUUAAGAACGACUUGAAGAAGGAAGAUUCCAGCCCAGAGCCGCAUCGAUUUUGACAGCUCGGAAAUGCGUUGAAAAUGUAGUGAAUGUGGUUCUACGUCUACUAUAAGAUCAGGCCAACAAGUUGUCAAAAAUGGACGACAUAGUUUGGAAGAGAUCCCACCAGCCACCAACCCUUUCCAGAAGUGAAUCGACAGCAGUGGAACCAUAGUUUGAACUAGAUCAGUGGAAAAAGUUUGUGAGCGGAAACCAGAAGGAAUCAAGUUGCAAAAACAUUGCCAAAAGGAAGCGUGAAAACAGAAAAGUGUGAGUUUGUUUUCUUCUGCUGCUGUUGUUUAUUUCCAUUUGGGGAGAAAACGUGUUGAAAAGAAAUCUGACAAUAGAGGGUGAAACUUUUAGCGGAAGUGGUCGCCUUAUCGCGCAGCGAAGAAUGCAGCACUUCAACCCAGUCAGAGUAAUUGACGGUGGUGUGAGCGGGACGUAAAACUGUGCUGCUUGACACUGUGAAAUUACGGAUCACGCGAAAUUCGACAGACGAACAAAAAGUGCAAGAGAUUCGACUGGUGAAGUUUUUCCGGUUCAAUUUGCUGAAAGCUGUUUUCUAAACACGCCUCGCGGGAGCAGUUUUUUGUUCGGUAGUGUUUUUGAACUGCCACAAUUCCGGGAAAGGUGUGCCACGUCGUUAGUCAUCUUGUGACAUCAAACAUCGAGAGCCGAGCAAUUAAUUAGUCAGAAUGUUAUCCGAAAUAACAUCACGUUCGUUGGAUUAAUCACCUCUGUAGGUUAUCGACGGCUUAUGGUUAGUGGUGCGUGACAUUCGUUCCGUUUCCUAUCCACUGUAAAGUACACACUGAGAAAAACAUCACGCCGGCGAUUGGUUUUCCCGGGCAACGACUCGGACGUCACCAGGUCACAAACGGCCACCGGUGGCCAUCAUGAAAGGAUCCGACUCGAGGACGAAACUAUGGAGCACCUCAUCCACCGGCAGCAGUCAGCAGGAUCUAGCGACGACUCCAACCGCGACAACGAGCACGACUACGACUCCAUACAGUGUCCAGCAACAGUUUGCAAUGGAAAACGGUCGCUACAGUACCAACAACGGCCUCUACGACGAAGACACCACCUCCAGGACGGGAUCUACGGUGAAUCUCCUGCUGACAGGUGGCGGUGGAAGUCCUGGACCCGGAGCCGGUGGUGGAGGCCUGAAACUGACGGCGACUGCAGCUGACAAAACGAACCACAUCCCGCCGACCGGAAGCGGAUAUGGGACCGUGCGGUCUGGUGGCGGCUUAUCCUGCACGAUCCAUGGCUUCAACGGUGAAUCCGACACCGGCAGCUGCACUGUAAAUAGUCAUAGUCAUAGUAGUCAUUUCACGAAUGGUGGAAGCACCACCUCCAGCAGCAGUAGUAAGGGCAAUUAUUUUUUCGGAAGCAGUAGCGGGAAUUCCACGGGAUGCCAUCAUCACUCGCAGCAGCAGCAGCAGUAUCAUCAUCAUCAUCACCCACAUCACGGGUCGGGCGGUGGAAGUGCCACGGUUUUCGCCCGGUGUUGUCUGUACCUGACCAAGGGACUGAAUCUGCGGUUAUGUGCCGGGGCGCUAGUGAUAGUAACGAUAGUUUCCAUGCUGUGCUACAAUUACUAUAUGGACAGUUCGCCGAUUGCAAGUUUUAUGCAUCGGGACACCCGGCCGGCUCCGCUGAUCCACUGCCGGAUGUUGAACGGGAAGGCGGCCAUCGAGGCGAGUCCAGCGCCGGACCACAGGUCGGAAGCGCGGUUACGGAUCGACCCCAAGGUGCUGGUGUUCGUCGAAACGACCUACUCCCGGCUGGGAAGGGACAUCGCCGAGCUGUUGGUGUACAAUCGGAUCAAAUACAAAGUGGAAGUGGCCGGUAAGAGCGUUCCGGUGUUGACCAUCCAGGACAAGGGCCGGUACGGGGUGAUAGUGUUCGAGAAUCUGGAAAAGUAUCUGCAGAUGGACAACUGGAACAGGCAGCUAUUGGAUAAGUACUGUCGUGACUAUUCGGUGGGGAUCAUUGGGUUUGUGGCGCCAAGCGAAGAAACUCUGGUGGGAGCACAACUUCGUGGAUUUCCACUGUUUGUACAUACGAAUCUCCGACUGAGGGAUGCUAGUCUGAAUCCAGGCUCGCCAGUGUUGAGGUUGACCAGAGCAGGAGACACUGCAUGGGGACCGCUGCCCGGUGGGGACUGGGCUGUCUUCCAACAUAAUCACAGUUCGUACGAACCGCUGGAGUGGGCCCAGAGGAAUACGCAGGACUAUCCAACUGAUGGAGUUCAACCGCCAUUGACAACGGUUAUUCAAGAUCAUGGACGGGUUGACGGAAUCCAGAGGGUGUUGUUCGGAUCUGGUUUGAAGUUCUGGUUGCAUAGGUUAUUGUUCCUGGAUGCAUUGUCGUACUUGAGUCAUGGUCAGCUAAGCUUGAACCUUGAGCGACGGAUACUGAUCGAUGUCGAUGACAUCUUCGUUGGAGAAAAAGGCACCCGUCUGAAACCAGAUGACGUCCAUGCUUUGAUUGCUACCCAAAACCGGAUACGUGGUAUGGUUCCAGGAUUUCGAUUCAAUUUAGGGUUUUCUGGAAAGUACUUCCAUCACGGAACUCACGAUGAAAAUCUAGGGGAUGACAUGCUGCUACGGAAUGUGGAGCAUUUUACAUGGUUCUCUCACAUGUGGAAUCAUCAGCAGCCGCAUCUGUACGACAACCUGACCACAUUGAUGAACGACAUGAUUCUCAACAAGGAUUUUGCGAAAGAAAAAGGCAUCCCAACUGAUUCUGGAUACUCGGUUUCGCCACAUCACUCUGGAGUCUAUCCGGCUCACGAGCUCCUGUACAUGGCCUGGAAGAAAGUCUGGAAUAUCAAAGUGACGUCCACCGAGGAAUAUCCCCACCUUCGGCCAGCAAGACUUCGCCGAGGAUUUAUCCACCGAAACAUCAUGGUCCUGCCUCGUCAAACAUGCGGACUCUUCACUCACACCAUGUACAUAGAUCGGUAUCCCGGUGGUCGCGACAAGCUCGACGAAUCCAUCCAAGGCGGUGAACUCUUCCAAACCAUCGUUUACAAUCCCAUAAAUAUCUUCAUGACCCACAUGUCCAACUAUGGGAGCGAUCGUCUCGCACUCUACACCUUCGAAUCCGUCAUCAAAUUCCUUCGCUGCUGGACUAAUCUCAAGCUAACGUCCGCCCCACCGCUUCAGCUCGGCGAAACCUAUUUCAAACUCCAUCCGGACGAAACCGACCCCAUCUGGGGUAACCCGUGUGACGAUCCUCGCCACAUCAAAAUCUGGUCUCGCAACAAGAGCUGUGACACACUGCCCAAAUUCUUGGUCAUCGGACCGCAGAAAACCGGAACCACUGCCCUGUACACCUUCCUGAGUUUGCAUCCCUCCGUGGCCAGCAAUCUCCCGAAUCCGGACACCUUCGAAGAGAUUCAGUUCUUCAACGGUAACAACUACUACCGCGGUCUGGAUUGGUACCAGAAUUUCUUCCCGGUGCAACCGAACGGCACCAACGGUCGGUACAUGUUCGAAAAAUCAGCCACCUAUUUCGACGGGGAACUGGUCCCUCGCCGAGCGCACGCCCUACUCCCCCAUGCCAAACUAGUCACGAUUCUCAUCUCGCCGGCGAAACGUGCCUACUCAUGGUACCAGCAUAUCAAGGCCCAUGGCGACCCGAUCGCCAACAACUACAGCUUCUAUCAGGUCAUCAUGGCGAGCGACUCGGCACCGAAACCGCUACGGGAUCUGCGCAACCGGUGUCUCAACCCGGGCAAGUACGCCCAGCACCUGGAGCGGUGGUUGGCCUACUAUCCGCAGCAGCAGUUGCACAUCAUCGACGGCGAACAGCUCAAGUCGAACCCGGUCGAGGUGAUGAUGGAGCUGCAGCGCUUCCUGAAACUGUCGCCGACGUUCGACUAUAGUGAGCACCUGAGGUUCGACAAUAAGAAGGGCUUCUACUGCCAGAUUGUGAACGAGAAUAAGAAUAAGUGUCUGGGGAAAUCGAAGGGCCGGCAGUACCCGCCGAUGGACGACAAGAGCGCCAAGUGGCUGCAGAGGUACUACCAGAACCACAACAGCGCCCUGAACAAGCUGCUGAAAAAGCUCGGCUCUCGCCCCAUCCCGCAGUGGUUGAAGGACGACCUGUCGACGACAUCCUAACAAUUACGGCACCUGCAGCACCAGCGUCCGGUGGAGGACCCAGAAGAACCGGACGAAGACGGCGAGAACGAGGUGGUAGCCUCGGCAGCGCUGGAAACGCCACAGAAACGGCCGGAGCAGCAGCAGCAGCCACUGAUGAUGAUCCAGUGCAUCCAACGGCGAUAGUAUAGUGUCCUCCCCCGUUGGACAAAGAUGAAUCACAUUCUAGUUGAAUAGAUACUAAUCUAAUUGUAUAUGUACUACUAAUAGGAAGUAAGUGGAGUCCUAGGGCAAGCCCUCCCUGCUAAUGCCUGUGUACAAAGUUGAUCGAAGUAUGAAGUUCGAAGCUGCUUCAUCAUGCCUGGGUCAGGAUGGCCUUGUGGCAGUAGGUGAGCAUCGCAUCUUGGAAGAAGGCGAUCCAUUCCCGGAAGUUAGGAUAAGAUGUAAGGCUUAUUGAUAGUGGUUAGAUGUGUAAUUCGCUAUAGGUUCGAGCUUAGUUUGAGAUGCGAUUCAAACGAAAUCAAGUAUUGUUCUUUUUAGUACUGUGCUAACGCUCUAGCGAUUAAGCGUUUUCGCGACUCUUGAAGUGAGAGAUUGAAGUCCUCGCUAGGCGGUGCAUUCAAUGCGCGCCAAUAGAUGGACAUUGUAAAGAGGAAAACGCUUAGACGCUUCAUCAGGAGGGAUGUACAUUAUGUCCCUCUUGGAAGUUUUAAAUAGUUAAUGAGAAAAGUUUAAAAAUUAUUAGGGCUUAUCCUUCACGAAGAACGGGUUCAGUUUAGCAAUACGCUUAUUAUUAGGGAAGGGAUUUGUUUUAAAUCGAUUAGAUCGGACACUAACUUCUUUGUUGCUGUCGCUAAACAACAUGUUUUUUAGAAAAUAAACGUCUUGUGUUUCUCUCAUUUCCAUUUCAAAUGAGAUGAUUUGAAACUUCGGUUGCCAUAUAUUUAAACUUAGGUUAGGAUGUUUCCCUAAAAUAAACAAAAUUGUACUUAUUCUAAAAAAAGUCAUGGAAAUCUGUGCAAAUCGAAGCGAGAUCUAAUUGUGUACUUACCAUGCAAAUCCGAUUAACGUUAAGAAACCUUGAAGCAAAUUACGGACGCAAAGGAAAAGCAAAAUUCUACAUAUCUACAAAACAAACAAAGAAAAAUAACUAUUGAACAUUUGGUCCCAGCGAAUCUUGACCCCACAAAAAAAGGAAAGCAAAUUAACACUAUUUUUAAACACGAGAAUAACAAGUUGUAAAAACGUUAAGGAAACGCGAGUAUCGAGAGGGCAGCUGGUGGAUUUACAAACGCUUUAAUUUAAUUCUUCAAACUUUACUCAAAUUCCUACUAAGGCGGGCAUUGUUGGAUAAUUAACUUGUUGGUAUUGAUUCGUGUAAAUAUGAGAAAUAAGAAGCCAGAGCUACAACCAACAGUGUUUAGACAGUAAGAAACGAACGAUCUAACGCCUGAAGCUGCACGCAAAAUCGAAACACAGAACAACAGUGAUGAACGGAAACGCCGAAGCGAAGCAGAAAACCGAGCUAAAAUAUAUCUAACAUGUAAAA